CUCCUUCCUUCAUUCUCUUCCCCUCUCACCAUCACCACUCACUUCCUUCUUUCUCUUUUCAGAGCCUCACAACUUAAACCCACCAUGGCGGCAGGACUCUCCGCCGCAAUUGCCUGGAAGCCCCUCCUCCGUCCCCACCACCACCACCACAACAAACACCAAUCCUUCAAUCCUCACACUCCAACGCCUGCUUCCUUCUUCAGAACACACCAGAAGCUCGCAACUAUAAAGUUCACUGCCUGUGUUCUCAUGGAGGACCCCAAGAAAACCGCCAGUAGCCACGUGGCGGAAAGCGAAAAGGACGAAGAAGAAACCGUUGUGGUUUAUCCUCAGCUGGUUCCGCCACGUGUCGCGGAGAGAUUGGCCAGGAAGAAAUCGGAGAGAUUAACGUACCUUAUUACCGCCAUGAUGUCUAGCUUUGGCAUCACUUCCAUGGCGGUCUUCGCUGUUUAUUAUAGAUUCGCAUGGCAAUUUCAGGGUGGAGAAAUUCCAUUGUCUGAAAUGUUUGGCACAUUUGCUCUCUCCGUUGGUGCUGCUGUGGGUAUGGAAUUUUGGGCUAGGUGGGCACACAGAGCUCUCUGGCAUGCUUCCUUGUGGCACAUGCAUGAGGGUCUUGGAAUCACAGUGUUUGGAAUGGCUUACAUGUUUGUGCACGAUGGCUUGGUUCAUAGGAGAUUCCCUGUAGGUCCCAUUGCCAAUGUUCCCUACUUCAGAAGAGUUGCUGCUGCUCACAAACUUCACCAUUCGGACAAAUUCAAUGGGGUGCCAUAUGGCCUCUUUUUGGGACCAAAGGAAAUUGAAGAAGUGGGAGGGUUAGAAGAGCUUGAGAAAGAGAUUAGUAGGAGAACAAAAUCUUAUAAUAAUAACAAUAAUAAUAAAAAUAGUUCAUGACAAAUUCAAACGUUGACCAGAAAAGCUGUUUUAAAGAAUUAUAUAUAUCAUUGUAGAGAAAAAUCAAAUGAAAUGAAAUGAAAAUUUGCUAUCA